AUGUCCAGAAUCCCAUCCAUUCCACUUCUAUCGCAUACUCAUACUAGCAGAUACCCUCUUUUUGAUCAAGCGGUUUUCUAUACUGAGGAAUCUGGUUAUGUCGUUGAAUGCCGUAAUGGAACCCCAAUGCGUCUUGGUCGUUCUGGUGCUCGUGGUCUGGUUUGGCGCUGUCCUCUUCGUAAUUGUUGCAACCGUAGCCAAAAAACUACACGUUUGGAUUCUUUCUUUUAUAGAUUGAAGGCUCCAUUAGAGCGUGUACUUAUGGUGAUUUACCUUUUCAUGGCGCGUACACGUAUGACCCAGCUGGAGAUGAUGACUGGCUUGAACGCUCGGACAUUGCGUACCAUUGUACAAGGCCUCUACUAUGUCAUGGAGCAAGAUCUAACUACGGAUGACGUAAAAGCGGGUGGAAAGGAUCCCGAGACCAAUGAACGAAUUAUCGUGAGAUCGAUGAAAGUGUUUGGGAAACGCAAGGAUAACCGUGGUCAUCCUGCUGAUGGCGUUUGGGUCGUGGUGUGGCGGCGUUGA